AUGCGACUAAUCAACACGAGUACCCACAACUUUGAGGAAUUUAUCGGUCGUGAUAUCCCUCCGUAUGCCAUACUGUCCCACACAUGGGAGACCGAAGAAAUCACUUACCAGGACUACGCCAAUGAUGCCUGCCGACACUUCAAAGGCUUUGCAAAGGUUAUGAAGACACUCGAGAUAGCUGAAGCGAGUGGCAUCAGAUAUGCGUGGGUAGAUACGUGCUGCAUAGACAAGAGAAGUAGCGCGGAGCUCACUGAAGCCAUCAACUCGAUGUACUCCUGGUACCAACGUAGCGAAGUCUGCUACGCCUUUUUAUCCGAUCUCGAGGCUGAUGCGGAUCUCCAGGCAGACAUGCCACAUUGCCGUUGGUUUACUCGUGGCUGGACACUACAGGAGUUUAUUGCCCCUCACACUGUAUACUUUUAUGAUUGCGAUUGGCAAUAUAGGGGAUCGAAGGAAAGUCUGUGCACCAUGCUAUGCCGGAUCUCGGGCAUAGAUCGGAAUAUUCUCUUGCAUCGACGCCCACUCCAUUCAAUAUGCGUGGCCCAAAAAAUGUCAUGGGCUUCUUCACGAUAUACAACGCGAAUCGAAGAUGCGGCCUAUUCAUUACUUGGCUUGUUUGGCGUCAACAUGCCAUUGCUCUACGGUGAAGAAGAUCGGGCUUUCCUCAGGUUGCAAGAGGAGAUCAUCAAGUCAUCUCCUGAUCUCAGUAUACUCGCAUGGACGGAUUCUACAAACCAAGGCAUCAGAGAACAUAGCUCAGAACUACAUUGUGGCGUCCUGGCAAAAAGCCCAGCUCAAUUCUCCACUGCUGGGUCGAUAUCUGGAUCAAUGGGCAUCGAUUCCGUGUCAGAGUCUUCAGUCACCAACCGGGGUAUACGAUUGUUUAAUGCGCUUUGCAUAGUCAAGGACUCGAUCAUCAUGAGGAGUUCGUACAUCAUGCCUUUGUACUGCAAGUCUGCUUCCGGUGCCGAGCUUGGUAUACGCCUUGAAAAGAUCGGAGAUGAGAUGUUCCUCCGCAACGACCCGUGUAAUAUUGUCGAAUAUCAGAUUUCCAGAUAUAUAGUCGGUCCUCGAUACAUUCAUCUUGCAACCACAAUCCCGUAUGCUCUCAGGAUAAAUGACGGACCUGAUCAGUAUGUCGCUAGCCAAUACCUGGCCAGUCUUCGCACUCAGGUUCUCGCAUUGGAGUUCCCAGAAUUUGUUAGCGUCUUUGACUAUUGGGGCGUAUUCAAUCAUUGCAAUGGGACUUUUUUUGAGACUUCUGGGCGGCCAAGGGCGUGGGUUGCUUUACGCUUUUCGGUCUACUUCGAUCCCAGUGUUGUGGGGACUCAUGGAAUUGGAGCACAAAUGACCGGGACCACCACCAUCAAUUGCAUGCUUUACAUCAUAGGUUGGACGUCCGUUGCGGAAAAUUCCAUGCGUCACUUCCUCGUAAACGUUACAGAAUGCGCCGACGCCGUAGCAGAGGUGCAAAAUAUUCUCACAUUGCGGGAAUAUGACGUUUCCCAGGCCCAAGAUGUCUUAGACCAUUACCUCCCCGACUCUUCUUCUUUAACCCUGAAUAUUCCCGGCUCAGAUCUAAAAUUUCAUAUCUAUAUCAAAUAUACGAGGAUGGCGGACACUAGAAUAUACAGACAACCAUUCUGGAAGCUUAAGAUUCAGUUCCUUUAA